CCUCUCAACAAGAAGAAGAAUCAAUACUCAAAUCUCUAUCAUCUCUCUUUAUCUUUAUCUUCUCCGAUAUGAAGCUCGCCGCUAGCCUCAACCGCCUCAGCCCCAAACGUCUCUUCCGUUCCAAAUCAAAAGCUUCCGUCUCCAGAUCUGAGCCUUCUUCCUUCAGCUCCAAUGCUUCUUCCUCUUCCUCUGAUGGAUCGUACGGUAACCUCAAACAAGGUCCAACCGCGACUCCGAUCAGUGUUCUCCCUCAAAACUCCGGUGAUUUUUACACUGAGCUUAUUCAAGCGUUUAAAUUGAUCGAUCGUGAUGAUGACGGUGUUGUUUCCAGAGGAGAUCUCGCUGCGUUGAUUAGCAGGUUAAGUCCUGAACCACCGAGUCAAGAAGAGGUGAGUUUGAUGCUAAGAGAAGUAGACGGCGGAGACGGUGGUUGUAUCAGCCUUGAAGAGCUUGCUAGCCGCGUCGCUGGUACUUCCGGUGAAGGAUCUGUUGAGACGGAGGAGCUGAGAGAGGUGUUCGAGAUUUUUGACGUGGAUCGUAACGGGAAAAUAUCGGCGGAGGAGUUACACAGAAUUUUUGGAGUGAUCGGAGAUGACCGGUGCACGUUAGAAGAGUGUAUGCGUAUGAUAGCGACGGUUGAUGGAAACGGUGACGGUUUUGUUUGCUUCGAAGACUUUUGCCGCAUGAUGGCUCCAGCGAUGAAUGAUCAUCAUCAUUAGAAUCAUGUUUGAUUGAUGAUUGUGACAUCACUAUGCUCUCUGUCUUUUUUUUUUUCUAUUGAAAAAUUAUUUAUUUUACUGUUUUUGCGGUGGUUAUUGUGACGGCAAGCACUUAAAUUGUUCACC